AUGAAUCGUUUCUUAUCUAUAAUCCUUCUUUGUCUAGCAUUAGCUUGUAAGUUCAGUUUUUUUUGGAAAAAAAAUCAAUUGGCUCAGGUACAGUAACCCACGCAGCUGGAGAUGAUAAAACCAGUACAGAAGUUCCAAAAACAACAAUAACCGUGGUUUGUAAAGAUGAUCCAGAUACAGAUUGUGCUUCUCUAAAAAGCAAUUGCAAUAAUUCGAAACUUCAAAAGAUGCUCAAAGAGUAAAUCAUUUUCGAUAAAACUGAAAGACAUCAAAUUAUUUCCAGAUUUUGUCCAGUGACAUGUAAUUUAUGCCCAGGUGCCACAACAACAACUCCUCCAAAAUGUGCAGAUUUGGAUGCUGCAAAAUGUCAAGCUUGGAAUCGAAAUGGUUUUUGUAUGAAUACACAUUAUUCAGAUGAGGAUAAGAAAAGAUUCUGUGCAAAAACUUGCGAAUAUUGUUAA